AUGGACAUGUCUCAACACCACACCGAGUCGAUGGCCAUGCCCAUGGUCUUCCACACGGCAAUGUCGACGAGUCUCUUCACCGAAGCCUGGACACCUCGUACUCCCGGCCAAUACGCAGGAACCUGCCUCACCCUCAUCUGCCUCACCAUCCUCUUGCGUGCUCUCAUCGCGUUCAAGCCUCGUCUCGAGUCGACUACAUGGGGUGACGGGGAGGAUAUCGCGGAAAAGCUGAUGGUUGGUGUCGAUGACGAGGCUGGAAACGAAGGCCUAGGGGUGCAAGAGCCUUCUCCGAGACACCGACACCGCACGUCGCUGAUGAGAGAAGGUCGAGUUAGGGUUGGAAGAGCGUUGUAUGAGGUCGUGAUUGCGUUGCUGGGCUAUCUUCUAAUGCUGACGGUUAUGAGCAUGAAUGUGGGAUACUUUCUUUCUAUUCUUCUGGGGGUUUUCCUCGGAACACUUGGUCUAGGUGGCAUUGCGAGGGAUACGACCUUUGACCAUUGCUCAUGA